AUGGCAUCAGAAGUCACCUACGCUGAGGUGAAGUUCAAGAAUGCAUCACCAGCUGCAGUAGUUGAAGUACCUCCCGAGACGAAGAAGCACAAGCAACGUCGCCAGAAAUACCCGCUAUGGCUCCCGUGGCUGAUCUCACUGUUGCUCCUCUUGCUGUGCAUCGCCCUUGUUACUAUCUUAUCAGUCAUCGCUCCCUUCUCCCGUCGUGGUGACGAGCCCACAGCCCUGCAGCAGAAAUUCAUGAAGUGGCAGUGUGUCUCGGCAGUGCCACAAGGCAAAGGCUGGAUGUGCUGCCCUGACGGCUCGAAACACUUUCAAAAAAGCUGCUAUUAUGUCUCGAGUGAUAGGAUGUCCUGGGUUGAGAGUCAGCAGAACUGCACCGGGAUGGGCUCCCACCUGGUGGUGAUCAACAGCAGAGAAGAGCAGGAUUUCCUCUCUAAGGACCUACAACAAUUAAGAGGAGAGAAUUACUACAUUGGUCUGAGAGCACAGAACGUGGGCGAGUGGCAGUGGGUGGACCGAACUCCAUUUAAUAUGACGGCAGCGUUCUGGCGGGAAUACGAACCAAGUAAUAUGGUUGAUCAGAAGUGCGUUGUAAUCCAUAGGCCUUCAGGACUACACGACAACUGGAAUGAUGUCAAAUUGCUCGACAAGGAUGUCCUGGAGGUCUGGGGAAUCGACUAA